AUGAAGUUUGGUUCCCAAAAAUCUGCUCUUGAAGUUGAAGGAGUCAAGCACGAGAAGAGAAGUGAAUCUAGUGUUGGUGAUGAAGAUGAUCUUCGUGAACCAAAGAUCGUUGUCCAGGUGCCAGACAUGACUACCCUCGAAAAAUCCGCCGUGGCAGCCAGGCCAAAGGCAUCCCCAACCGGAAAGGAAGAGGUUGAUGAACUUGAAAAUGCGAAAGCCGAAAUGGGUGAAGUCAUAGAGGAAAAUCAACGGUUAAAGAUGAGUUUGAGCCGAAUACUAAAUGAUUACCGUACACUGCAAAUGCAAUUCGAUUACAUAGUUGAACAAGAGACAAAAGAUUCUUCUGAUAAACAGAAGAAUAAACAUCAUGAAAAAAUAGAGGAAUCAGAGUUAGUUUCCCUCAGUCUUGGAAUGCUUCCAAGUAAUCAAAGAAACAACGAAAAAGCUAAAGUCUGUGAACCAUUGAAAGAGGAAUUAGAAGACAAAGAAGGCUUAGCUCUUGGACUGGAGUGCAAAUUUGAAACAUCAAAAUCUGGAAGCACAACUGAAAAUUUACCAAAUUCAAGUCCUGCCAAUAGUGGUGAAGUACCAAAGGAAGAAGCAGCUGGGGAGAGUUGGCCAGCCAGUAAGGGACACAAGACAACUAGAGAUGCUAUAGAAGAUGAAGUUUCCCAACAAAAUUCUGCAAAGAAAGCAAGAGUUUGUGUGAGAGCAAGAUGUGACACCCCAACUUUGAACGAUGGAUGUCAAUGGAGGAAAUAUGGACAAAAGAUUUCAAAGGGUAAUCCUUGCCCUCGAGCUUACUACCGUUGCACAGUUGCACCAUCAUGCCCCGUAAGAAAGCAGGUGCAAAGAUGUGCUCAAGACAUGUCCAUAUUAAUAACAACCUAUGAAGGGACUCACAACCACCCUCUUCCACUUUCAGCCACUGCCAUGGCUUCCACCACUUCUGCAGCUGCUUCCAUGCUACUGUCUGGAUCAUCAACCUCACAUUCUGGAUCAAUCCCAUCAACAAGCAUGACAACCACUACUGCGAAUCUUCAUGGAAUGAACUUUUACCUAUCAGAUAACUCCAAAUCAAAGCAAUUCUACCUAUCCCACCCUACACUCUCAUCUUCAUCACCUUCACACCCAACCAUCACUCUAGAUCUCACUUCCAACCCUCCCUCUUCCUCAACACCUUUUGGAAGAUCAUUGAACUACAACUCCCAAAGGUACCCUUCUUCCACAAGUCUAAACUUCAGUUCCUCAGAAUCCAAUGCAACAUCUUGGAGCCUCAGCUACAACAAUCAACCUUACAACAACAGGAACAUCCUUAGUAACUUAAACCUUGCAAGACAACCAAUGGAAAACAUCUACAAUUCCUACAUGCAAAGGAACAACAAUCCAAUCCCUGCCCAACAUUCUCUACCAGAUACCAUAGCUGCAGCAACAAAAGUAAUCACAUCAGAUCCCACGUUUCAAUCAGCUUUGGCAGCAGCUCUUACUUCAAUUAUUGGCAAUGGAAGCACUCAAGGAAACCAUAGUGUUGGAGAAAUUUUGAGUCAGAAAAUGAAAUGGGGUGAUCAAUUGUUUCCAUCUUCUGCUUUACCUUCAUCUUCUAAAGUCAAUAGCUGUGCAUCAGGUUUCUUGAGCAAAGCACCUUCUAAUGCACAAACAGGAAGUUUGAUGUUUCUUCAACCAUUUUCCGACCCCAAAAGUGCAUCUGGGUCUCCUGGUGAUAACAGAGACGACAACAAUUAA